AUGACGUUGAAUAUAGAGAUGGUAGGCAAUGGUCAUGAAUUUUAUAAUGAUGGGAGUGUGGCAAAACUUACUGACAUUAACGUUGCACUUAUAGAUAGAGCAAGAGCAGAAUAUGCUAAAAGCGAUCCAUUUAAAGGGAAUAAAUAUCUCACAAAAAAAUUUACCAAACAGAAAAUAUUAAAAAAAGAAGUAGAAGGAGAAUUAAUAAUUGCUGACUUUCCACAACUAAAAAAAAUCGAGAUUAACAGAGGUAAUGGUAUUGCUCACUUAUCAAUACUUAAUUGUCCUCAAAUAGAAAAAAUAAGGAUUUGGGGGGUUGGUUUACAAAGUAUUGAGGCUAAGCAACUUUUAGAAAAAUUAGAAGUUUUAGACCUUCGUAAUAAUUCUUUAAAUUAUAUUCCCCCUGAAUUUUUACCACUGAACUUAAAAGAACUUGAUAUUUAUGAAAAUCAAUUUACUAUUCUCCCUGAAAACAUUAACGAUAGGAUAGAAAAAUUUGAAAGAGAAAAAAAGGAAAAUAGGAGACUACACCCUACUUGGCAACAAUUAGAUAAUACUAAAAAAGGUCGAAAUGAAAUUGAAAGACGAAUUAAAGAGUUUAGUCAAAUAAUUUCUCAACUGGAAGAGGAAAAACAAAAAUUGAAUGAGAAAAUUUCAGAAUUGAAGCCCCGAGUGUCUAAUAAUGAAGAGAAGUUAAAUGUUCUCAAAAAAGAAAAAGAACAGUUGGAAAAAAAUUUAGAACACGAAGAAGAAUUGAUUAAUUUAAAUGAAAAUUUAGAGGUGAGGGAAAGUAAAUUAAGACAAAAUUUCGAAGAGCAGAGGAACAAAUUAGUAGAAGAGAUAAAAAAUUUGCGUGAAUUUCAAAAUAAACUUUCUGAAUCAGAGGAAGGAAAAUAUCCAAAUCUGGUCAGUCUAGUCCGUCUUUGUGUCCUAAAUAUUCAAGAAUUUAUUGAGCAAGAAAAAAUCUUUCAAGUUCAGAUGAAACAAAUAGAGAAAUUAAAGAGUGAAAUCGAGACUAAAAACAAUGAAAUUAAAGAGUUUAAAACAACUAUUGAUAGUAAAAACAGUAAAAUUAUAGAAAUCAUUAAACUUCAAGAAAAAAUCGCCGAAUUAGUUGACCAAAAUACUCAAAAAGAAGUAUUAGAAGCACAAGAAAUUCAACUGAGAGGUCGUAAUUUAGAAUUAGCCGAGAAAGUUUUUGAUUUAGGUCAAGAGUUAGAAGAGUUAGAGCAAAAUAAGGAUAAUUUAGAGCAAACUAACAAAAAUCUAGACCAAGAAAAUACUAAAUUGGCAAUUGAAAAAAGAAAUCAACAAGAGAUAAUUGUCCAACUAGAAGAAAGUUUGAUAAUUGAGCGGACUAAAAACACCACUUUGGAAGAGAUAAUAAAAGCCAAAAGCAACAAAAAGUUAGAAGAAGUUGAAAAGGUUAAUAUCCAGUUGAUAGAAAAAGUGGGUUUAUUAAGUCAAAGAUUGCAGGAAAAGAAACAAAGUUCACCUAUCGAGGAAGAAAAAAAGGUAAUUAGAGAGAGAAAAUUAGAGUUAGAACAAUCAAUUAAUGAUACUAAAAAUAAGUUGGAACAAUUAGAAAAAGCGAAAAGAAAACUUAGCCAAAGAUUAACGGAGUCGGAAAUUAAAACUUUCUUGGUUAAGCAAGAUGAAGUGAAUGAGUUAGAGGAAAAAAUAAAACAACUGGAUGAGACUCAAAAACUUAUCAGUCAGUUAGAAAAACAACGAGAAGAGAUGGAGUCAGAACUUCAAUUAGAGGCCAAGAUAAUUAAUAUGCCCGUUGGGGAUUAUAAAUCUGUUCCAAAAGCAAAAAAGACCGAAAAGUCAAAGAACAGUGAUUAUUGA